AUGGAUACCGCUGCUGCUGCUGCUGCUGCUGCUGCUGCUGCGGCUGCUGCUGCCGCGGCCGUUGCUACUACUGCUGCUGCGGAGGAGGAGGAGAGAAGAAGAGUCUGCAGCAGCACAACAUGCGCAGCAGCAGCAGCGCCGCAGCAGCUGCAGCAGCAGCAGCCGCAGCGCUGGCGGGCGGUGAGACAAGACACGGAGGGGCCCCAGACAGGGAGCAGCCGUCCCCCUCUCUGCCUCUUCCUGCAGCAGCAGCAGCAGACUCCAUGUGAUAGUUGUGCUUUUCUUCUUCAGCAUAAACAGCUGCAGCAGCAACUGCAGCAGCAACAAGAGCAGCAGGAACAAGAGCCGCAGCAGCAACGAGGAGAGCAGCAGCAGCAGCAAUCGGAGUGUCGGCUGCCACCUCUUCCGGUUUCCUCUGACGACACCGCCUCAGCAAUGCUCCGUCUUUUGUUUUCUUUGUCUGCUUCGUUGCUGCUGCUGUUGCAGCAGCAGCAGCAGCAGCAAGUCGCAGCCUUCCGUGUCGGCUCCGACUCCCGAGGGGCUGCAGCAGACCUUCCACAGCUGCUGCGCCCCACAUCUGCAGCUCAUACGGCCAGCCUGCAGCAGCAGCAGCAGCCGCAGGUUGCUGUGGUGCCGCAGGCCGCCACCAGCAGCAGCACCAGCAGCGGAACGGCAGCAGCAGCAGCAGCAGCAGCAGCAAACGAAGAGCUGCUUAGCGGCCCCUUGCCAGUCGACCUCCGUGGAAAGACCGCUUUCGUAGCAGGCGUAGCAGACAGCAACGGCUACGGCUGGGCGAUAUGUAAGCUGCUGCGGGCUGCGGGGGCUCGGGUGCUGGUGGGGAGCUGGCCGCCAGUAUACAAUAUGUUUAAGAAGGGGUUAGAGUCGGGGAGAUAUAGUAAAGAUAAUAAGUAUAAAACAGAGACCACUGGUCCUGCUGCUGCUGCUGCAGCAGCAAGUGGUGCUGCAGCAGCAGACAACGAACACAGCGUUGAUAUGCAGUUCUAUAAAGUCUAUCCUCUUGAUGCUGUCUAUGAUUACCCUGACGAUGUGCCUGCAGAGGUACAGAGCAACAAGCGGUAUGCUGGCGUCGGGGGCUUCACCAUAUCCGAGGUGGCUGAGGCUGUGAAGAAAGACGUCGGCACCAUCGAUAUCCUCGUCCACUCUCUCGCCAACGGACCCGAGGUGACGAAGCCGCUGCUGCAGACGUCUCGCAAGGGUUACUUGGCUGCACUGAGCAGCAGCAGCUAUUCUUUUGUUUCGCUGCUGCAGCACUUUCUCCCUAUCAUGAAUAGAGGGGGAUCGGCCCUCGCCCUCUCCUACAUUGCCUCCGAACGAGUCAUACCCGGGUACGGAGGUGGUAUGAGCAGCGCGAAGGCUGCGUUGGAGUCGGACUGCCGCACGCUGUCCUUUGAGGCGGGCCGCAACUACGGGGCAAAACGGGAGAAAAAACAUUCAUAG